AUGGAAAACAACAAAACUUCAAAAACAGAAGAAAAUAAUUAUCAACUUGUACUAGACGAACAUACAACAACAAAUAAUUAUUUAAAAAAAUUAAAAGAGGAUGAUUUUGAAGAGCAACAACUUUCUUCAAAAUUUGCUUCAUUAUAUUCUAAAUUACCCGAUCAACAACCUCUUUAUCAAAUUUAUUUAUUACAAGAACAACAAAGAAUUAAUGAUUCUUUGGAACCUAUUGAAGAAAUUUUAAAUAUUGGAAAGAAAAAAACGUUGUUAAAAAGGAAAGGAAGGGAAGAAGGAGAAGAAAGGGAAGAGGAAAUUGAUGAAGAGGAUGGAGAAGGUGAAAAGAAGAGUGAAGAAGGUGAAGAAGAAAAGGAUGAAAUAGAUAGUGGUUGUCCAGAAUCGGAUGAACAACAACAACACCCUUCAGAUCCAACUAGUAUUAGUAGAAGUUGUUCUGCCAGUAAUUCCUCAGCAGUUAUUCGAAGACAUUCCUCUUCUACAACAGAUUCGGGAAGGGCUGAUUCACUUAUUAUUCGACCUUUAAAACGUGAACGCCUUCUUGGUCAGAGUAUUUUUGCUUCACAGCGCUCACUAUGGUGUGAAUUGCCAGAAGUGAAGGAAUCUGGUAUUCUAGAACAACUGAACGAGGAUCAAAGAAAGCUACAAGAAGCAUACUUUGAAGUAAUUACAUCAGAAGCUUCCUAUUUGCGCUCUAUUUCUUUCCUGAUUUCACAUUUUAUGUCAGCACCAGAAUUAAUGGGAAGCAAAAAUACACAAUCUGUGAUAACGAGUUCUGAAAGGAAACAAUUAUUUAGCAAUAUUUUGGCAAUUCGUGAUUGCAGCGAACACUUACUCGUGGAAUUGGAAACUCGUUUAAAACAAGGAUUAGUAUUACCCGAUAUAUGUGAUAUUCUCUGUGCUCAUUUUGAAACACAAUUUGAACCUUAUAUUAAUUACUGUUCCAAUCAAGAAUAUCAAGACAGAACACUUAAAAAAUUAAGAACAGAAAAUGGAUUAUUUAAUUCUUGUAUUCAACGAUUAGAGAAGGACCGGGAAUGUCAUGGGUUGGAUAUUCGUUCAUUUUUGAUGUUGCCAAUGCAAAGAAUUACUCGUUAUCCGUUAUUAAUUGAUGCAAUAUUGCAAUGGUUACAUCAAGACCAGCAUCAACACUCGUUAGCAACUCGAGCUUUAACACUAGCAAAUCAAGCAGUACAUAAUUGUAAUGAAGGUGCUAGAAGAAUGGAACAUACAGAGAAGAUGUUGGACAUUGAAUCCCGUUUAAUUUAUAAAUGUAAAGAUUUGAAAAGAAUUGCUUUAGUAACAAGUGGAAGGUAUGUGGUGAAGAGUGGACAAUUAAUUCAGUUGGCCGAAAAAAGAAAUGGAGAGUCUAAAACAAAAUUGGCUUUGGCUGCUAGAAGUGGUGGAAUGAAGGCUCGCCCCCUCGCGUUUUUUCUCUUCAAUGAUCUCCUAUUAAUUACAAAACGUCGUCUAAAUGGACAAUUUGUUUGUAAAGAUUAUGCUUAUCGUCGUUUUGUUGUUUUUGAACCUUUAGAAUUAAACAAUUUGCGCGUUCCUCCACGGGUAACUUCAGCAUUAGGAAGUGGAAGAAAUGCUCAUUUACUUUCUUGUGUUUUAUUUCAAAAUGCGAGAGGGAGACAAGUUGAACUACUCUUAAGUGCUGAAAAUGAAAGUGAUCGAGAACGUUGGUUAACUGCUAUGAGGCCACCUACUUGCGCUAACCCCGACGAGAAAAUUUAUGAAGAAUGGGACUGCCCUCAAGCUGUAGCUGUACACAAUUAUGUGCCUACUGAAGAAGACCAGUUAGGACUUUCACCUGGUGAUGUAGUCAACGUUUUAAGAAAAUUGGCGGAUGGUUGGUAUUAUGGAGAAAGAAUUCGAGAUAAACGUGGGGGGUGGUUUCCAUCAUCUUAUGUUCAACAAUUAAUGAAUGAUCAUGUGAGGGCACAAAAAUAUAAACAACGAUUUAGAGUAUUACAGGUGGAUUUUGAGAGUUGUGUUUUAUUAAAAGAAAAAUACAAAAACAAUCGGAAUUAA